GGGGCAGUGUCAGGGGUUUGUUUCUGUGGGGCUGCAGAGCUCGGCUUUGCUGGGAACACUGGGGUUGUGCCGGGUCUUGGCUCUGGACCCCUCGGAGCUGCAGGAUUUCAGUCAUUGCUCGAUGUCCCGUGCAGGAGCACCCAUGGCCAGGCACUACCACCCCACCAGGCCCUGGGGUGCUUUUGAGAAGCCCUCAGGCCCCAGCUGGUGCCACCUGGAGCUGCCUGGGCUGAGCAUCCCUUGGUUGGCACCAUCUGACUCCAGGCACACAAAAUCCCAUCAGUUUGUUGUUGGUUUUCUCCCUUGCUGGCUGGAUCCAGGAUAGUUUUUGCCCUGUCUUUAUUCCUGAGGGGAAUUAAUUAGCCAUAAUUAAUCUCUUGUGAUAGAUUAACUUCCUUUCUGCUGGGGAGAGGGUCGGAAUGGCUGGUGGCAAACCCAGGGCAGUGUUGCUUGAGCUGGUUCUGGGUGUCCUAGUGGGGCAAAUCCUGCACCUUUCCCAGGCUAGAGGAGGGUCAGGGGGCAUCACUGCCAAAUUUUCUUGUGUUUCCUUGUGCUGCUUUUGCUCCCAAGCCCUGCACUGACUCUUAUGCUGCUGGAAUGGAUGCUGGGCCUGGGAUGGGUGAGGCUUGGGAGCGCGGGAGCUGCGUGGGGAGGGAAGGAAUUUUCCCGGUGCCACAUCAAGCCUGGGGUUAUCCAAACCUCCUGCUCCGUGUGGGUGGGGACUGUGCUGCUCAGUGCUCCCAAAAUGGGGGGGCUCCCCCAAAAACCUCUUGUUUGUCCCCCUGAACCCCAUCCCUCCGCCUUGGGGAACCCUGGAGCCUCUCCCAGCCCCUCCCAGCCCCCAGAUGUCUUUUCUUGCAGGUGUUGAAGGAGUUGGGGGUGACAGAGCUGCCACCACAGAGCCACUGCGGGCUGGAAGCAGCUGCAGCAUCCUGGUGGUAAUGAAAUCCAUGGGGGAAAAGCAGCCCCUGAGCAGCAGGAGCGGCGUUUGGGAGCCAGAUUUGCCUGAAGGGAAGUGACUCAACGUCUUGGAAGGAGUUGGGGGCGGCGGGGGGGAGCAGAGGGCAGCGGUUGACCCAGGGUGGGGACAGCACAGCGAGGGGGGCUGGCAGCCACCUGCCUCCUCUUGGGCUCCCGGCUGGAGCAGCAUCCCUGCCGAGCGCUCUGUGCUCCGUUAUCCCUCCGUGGGACGGGGCACUCGGGCCCGGGGGGCGGCACAGGAAAGGAGGCCCCUUUGGGAAGCAGCUUGUUGCUUCCUCACGCUGGGUUUCGAUCCAGGCCAGCAUUCCCAGCUCCCGGAGUCACACCCUCUCCCAGCUGUUGCUCGCCGAGCAUCGCGCUGCCAAGAAAACCUUGGUGAUGGAUGCGACUCCCUCCCCUCUCCUUUAAAACCCGCGCCGGGAUCCGCCUGGGAAUGGGAUCCCGCUGGCACCCAGGGCACGCCGAGCUCUCCUGCCCAACACGGAGCAGCGGGACAGCGCUGGCACCGCACGAGAACAACAUCCCUGACCUCAUCCUCCCCCGGUAUGUGCCGGGAUGCUGCCGGUGCGCCCGUCGGGAAUCUCACCCGGCCUUCCCUGGGUACCAAGACAAACACAGCUGCGGCAAUGACGGAGAAAAGGCUAUUUUGGCUCGUGCCCUAGUCCGGUGUGGAGGGAGCUGCCGCUGUGCCCUGGGACACUGAACUGUCACCUGUCCCCCAUCCCGACAGAGAGGAGAGAGCAGGGACAAACCACAGGCUGCAGAUCCCAAACCCCUGGGGUCACACGGAUUGCCCACACAGACCAUGGCUCUGCCCAACCUGUCUGAUUACCUGGAUGGCCUCAACAACUACAGCGACUACGCCGACUACACCUACGAGGACACGGGCAGUGCGUGGGCAGACCCGGCCCACAACCCCAAGGACAUCACCAGGAUCCUGUCUGUCAUCAUCUACAGCGUCUCCUGCGUGCUGGGCAUCCUGGGCAACGGCCUGGUCAUCGCCAUCAUCGCCCUCAAGAUGAAGAAAUCUGUCAACGCCGUCUGGUUCCUCAACCUGGCCGUGGCCGACUUCCUCUUCAACAUCUUCCUGCCCAUCAACAUCGCCUACACGGCCAUGAGCUACCACUGGAUCUUCGGGACGGUCAUGUGCAAGCUCAACUCCUUCCUGCUCAUCCUCAACAUGUACACCAGCGUGCUGCUGCUCACCACCAUCAGCUUCGACCGCUACGUGUCCGUGGUGUUCCCGGUGUGGUCGCAGAACCACCGCUCGCCCAGCCUGGCCUACGGCGUGUGCGUGGUCAUCUGGAGCCUGGGCAUCGUCAUGAGCUGCCCCUCGCUCGUCUUCCGCGACACGGCGCAGAGCCGCGGCUCCGUCAUCUGCUUCAGCAACUUCUCGCUCUCCAGGAACAGAUCCUACCACGGGCUGGCGCUGGCCAGGCACCGCACGGUGAACGUCACCAGGUUCCUGGCUGGCUACAUCCUGCCCAUCACCAUCAUCACCUUCUGCUACGUCGCCAUCGUCAUCAACCUGCGCCGCAACCGCCUGGCCAAGUCCAAGAAGCCCUUCAAGAUCAUCGUCACCAUCAUUGUCACCUUCUUCCUCUGCUGGAGUCCCUACCACCUGCUGAACCUGCUGGAGACGGUGCCCGACGCCGUGCCCUGGUCGGUGUUUGAGAUCUUCAUCCCGCUCACCACGGCUCUGGCGGCCUCCAACAGCUGCAUGAACCCCGUGCUCUACGUCUUCAUGGGCCAGGACUUCAAGAAGUUCAAGGUGACUCUCCUUUCCAGGCUGGUGAACGCCCUCAGCGAGGAGACAGGGCACUCCAGCAUCGUGCACAGGAGCUUCUCCAAGAUCUCCUCCAUGACUGAGAAAGAGACAACGGUUGUGUAAACUCGGCCUGCAGGAGGGACAGGGUGCCCUGGCGUUGGCACUGUGACAGUGACACCCCUGUGGUGGCCCUGGCGUGGGUCAAGCAUUGUCCAGCAAUGUCCUGCAGCCCAUUUUUGACUGGUGCUGCUGCAGAGGAUGGAGACCCCCGAGGUAUGGAGAAGACACAACCUUUGAUCUUGUGUGGGAUUGCAAAAAUCCUUGUGCCAAACUAAGAAAACAUUUUGGGGCAUUCCCAUCCAACCUCUGCAUUGCCUGACCUGGGAAGGGCUUUCCUGGUGUUUCACCCUGGUGGGAUGCAGGAUAUCAGGAAGGCAUCUCCCAUGCCACGGGUGACCCCUGCCAUGGCCAAAGUGGUGACACUCCUCUGUCCUAUGUCUGCGUGUGGCUCCUCAAGGUAAAUUCCUGAAGUAUUUUGGUACUAGAACAAGGUGAUGGUGACUUUUUUAGGGAAGUGUCCUUGUGAGGGGUUGGAAUAUCCCACCUCAGAGAACUGGGAAGUCUCAAAUGCUUUCUAAGUGCUCCAAACCCAGAGUCACCUUCCAGUGUGAGAACUGGGCUCACGCAUUGGGUCACCAGCAUGGAAAACUGGGAGAAGAAAGAGGGAAAAGUCAAUUUGAAAUGUCUUUUUAAGUCUCCUUUUGAUGGGCACGUUCCAGACAGUACAUCCUGCAGAGAAGUGGCUGUUUGGGACCAGGAACAGCUCCUGAGGAGGACCUGCUGUCUCCUCCUGCAUCCAGGGGGGCCUGGCUCUGUUGCCAGCUGCUCCCUGGUGGGACCAGUCCGUUCUAUAGGAUGGUUUUGUCUCUCCCACCUUGGAAACUCUGGGAAUCUCGUGGGAGACUCUGCUCCCACAAAUGAAUCUCUGCAGGGAAGGAUGGACCAAGCCACCACCUUCAACCAAUUUCUCACCCAGUUAAUUUUGGAGCUCCUUCGCCAUGACCCCAGUGUCACCCUCAUUGAUGUGUCACUCCCAGGACUGAGAGGAAUCCCGGGGUUUGGGCAGCCCCCAGAGGCCCUGGGGACACAUCAGGAGGAGUUUUGUGCAAAGUUUUGACACGCUGGCCGUUGAGAGUCCGCUCCCAGGUGCCCACAAAAGCUGAGAUAUUUGUUUUUAGCUUUCCUUGGAAAUCAGAAAAUGGGAAAUAAAGUGGGGAGGCAGCUCCCAGGAAAAGCCAGGAGCUGUUUCCAGGCAGCAGACUGUGCCAGGCACAGGUACAAGUAAAACCCUGGUACCUGAGCAACAGGAACGUUGGGAUCAGAACAGAUGCUGCAGUGGGAGCUGGAUUUCAGGAUUUCAGAUGGAUUAUCUGGUGUUCUCUCCAUCCCACCUUGAUCUGCAUCACCUCCUUGGUGUGAUGGGACACUCAGCACCUGGAUUGUCCCCAUAUCUCCUGGGGAUGCUCCCCUAGGGAGCACUGCCACAUCCCUGCACCAUGGCCAAGCCCAGGGCUACUCCCAUCCCUGAUCCACAGGGAUUUUUCCCCCCAAACCCACGCUGGACCCGUACCCAUGGAAGCUGCAGUGCCUGAGGAGGCUGCAGGGCCUCUCUGCUGGUGGGAGGAGGCUCCUCUUGCUCAUUUUCCCCAGUAUUCAAUUAACACUGCUGGAAGGCUGCCAGGAUCCUAUGAGGAGUGGGAUGGGACAGAUGGACAGGCAGGGACACACAGAACUUGCAGAAGAUCAGUUCAGGGAACAGUGGGAAUGGAAUGUGCCCAGAGCCAGCAGCCUCUGGGGCUUUUUGGGGUUUGGGGAAGCCCUGGAUGUGGGAACAGUGGGAUGAAGCCUCAAGGACUGGAUGCCAUCCCACUGCCCCUCAGGCUGGUGCUGGGAUGUUCCUGAUGAAUUCAGGAUGAUCCUCACUCAUUCUGGUGUCUGUUUUUUCCAAGCCCAUCUGUUAUCACUCCAAACAGCUUUCACAAAGAAAAAAAAAA